GCGCAUGCCUGUCAUUGGGCAAAAGACACGUCGAUAAGCAAGGGGACGUGGUUUCUAUUCUCUUGAGUUUUAUGAGGCAGGAGGAGAACGUUGGAUUCCUUUCCAUCCACAGAAACUCAGCCUCUGACUGCUCCUGCUCUUCUGCACCUCUACUUCCACAGCUGCUCCGCCAUGGCAAAGGACAGGAAAGGCCCCAAAGGUGCCCUGAAACUGAAAGAUGGGAAAAAUCAAGCAGGCAGUAAGAAUGGGAAGAAAGCCGACUCAGGAUCCAGCAGCAGCUUCUUCACCUGGUUCAUCGUCCUGGCCCUGCUCGGUGUCUGGACUUCUGUAGCCGUGGUCUACUUUGACCUGGUUGACUAUCAGGGAGUCCUUGAUAAGGCUAAAGGCUUACAAAUUAACCUGUCUGAGGCCUUGCAAGGUAAACUGGUGGCAUACGAUACAGAUGGCGAUGGUGAUUUUGAUGUCGAAGACGCUAAAGUUCUUUUAGGACUGAAAGAGAAAGCUGUUGUCAUCACCUCCCGUAGCGAACAAGCUGCUGCCCCAGUGGAGAUUCCUGAAGCCGAACCCACACCAGAGGCUGUUGUUGAGCCCGACCCUGUACUUGUGGAGGAGAUGGUGGAAGCUGCUGUAGCAGAGGACACUUCUGCUCCACCUCCAGAGCCUGAACCAGAGCCUGAGGCAGAACCUGAGGAAGAACCUGAACCUGAGCCUGAACCUGAACCAGAGCCUGUGGAGACUGCUGAGGUGAUUGAGGAGGAUCCAGAGGUGCUGGAGGAGGAGCCUCCUGUUGUAGAGGAGGAGGCCCCUGCAGAGGAGGCCACAGAGGAGGCUGCUCCAGCUGAGGAGGAGCCAGUAGCUGAAGAGGUUGAAGAGGAGCUGACGGCAGAAGAGCCUGCAGAGGAGGAAGCGGCUGAGGAGCCAGUGGAGGAAAUGGCUGCUGACGAGGCUGUGGAAGAGGAGGCUGCCGACGAAGCUGUGGAGGAGGAGGCUGCCGACGAGGCUGUGGAGGAAGAGGCUGCUGAAGAGGCUGUAGAGGAACCUGAAGCAGAGGCUGCAGUGGAGGAAAACAUGGAAGAGGUGGAAGCUGAGUAUGUGGCCGAGGCUGUAGAGGAAGAAAGCGCCCCUAUUGAAGAAGCUGUCGAUGAGCCAGCUGAAGAAGAGGAGGCUACUACCACAGAGGAAGCUGCUGAGGAGGAAGCUCCUUUAGAAGAAACGGUUGAGGAGGUAUUGGAAGAAGAUGAAGCAGCUGAAGAACCUGCUGAGGAAGCUGUUGAAGAGGUAGCAGAAGAAGAAGAGGCAGCACUGUCAGAGGAGCCUGUGGAGGAAGAAGAAGCACCUUCAGAGGAGCCUGUUGAAGAAGAAGAAGCACCUUCAGAGGAGCCUGUUGAGGAAGAAGAAGCACCUUCAGAGGAGCCAGAAGAGGAAGUGGCACCUUCAGAGGAGCCAGAAGAGGAAGUGGCACCUUCAGAGGAGCCUGUGGAGGAGGCCGCUCCCUCAGAAGAGGCUGUGGAGGAGGCGGCUCCUUCAGACGAGCCUGCUGUAGAGGUGGAGGCUGCUCCCUUAGAAGAAGCUGUUGAGGAGCCUGUAGAAGAGGAGGCAGCUCCAGAAGAAGCAGUGGAGGAGGUUGCAGAGGAGGCAGCAGCCCCAGAGGAUACUCCAGAAGAAGUGGAGGAGCAAACAGUCCCAGAGACAGAAGAAGAAGUAGCCCAAGAGGAAGAGGAGACAGCAGCAGAAGAAGAUGAGUUUGUUGAGACAGAGGAACAGAUUCUGGAUGAGCCUACAGAAACGUAGAGGCUGCUGCGGUCGUGGUGGUGACGGAGCAGGGACCCACUGACGUUGCAUCAGCACCACCUGAGUGCGCUCAGAACAGUGGUGCAUUUUUCCACCUCCGGGGAACGAAUGAGUCGUGACAACACCCCACCCCUCAACCCUCCCAUCUAUCUUUCCCCCUCUGUUUUCACACCUAACUUUAAAAUUUCCUUUUAGUGUGAGCUGAUGGCUGAAAACUGUUUACUAAUAUGUUUUUACCAAUCUUGUUUUUUUUCUUUCUUGGUUUUGUUCACUAUUUUUUUUUCUUCCUCCAGUUGAGCACCCAUUUCCAUUUUUGUUCAGGGUGGUUAAGCAUGUGUGUUUGUGUGUGUGCGCGUGUGUGUGUGCGUGCGCGUGUGUGUGCGUGCGCGUGUGUGUGCGUGCGCGUGUGUGUAUUUGUGGCCAAACGUCAGGCCAUGUGACAUCUUUGUGCUCUACUUGCAGCAGGUCUACCAGAGUCUUGAGCUGUAACAAGUAUCUUGAACUGUAUUUUGAAAUUUCUCUGACAACCGUAUUUUCUAUCUAAAUACGAUUUCCAAGCAAAAUGUUUCCAGAUUAGGACCAAUCUUUUUUCUGUUUUACUUUUUCUAAAUCAGGAAAUUUGCUUAUCCCCCUCUGUUGCCAUGGAAAUUCUGAAUUUAACAAAUCAGCUCCACUCUUUAGUUUUUUGGGCCUCUGUUGUAGAUUCUAUGCAAAGCUGUCGUACAGUCUGUCACCUGCCUCCCCUCUUCAGCCUCACCCCUCCUCACCCAUCCAGUUUAUUUACCACUCAGUAUGUGUCGACUCCAGGAUGAGCCAUACGCUAGCAUGUGAACUUGGAGAGAGUGUGUGUAUGUUUUUCUCAUGAGUGUGUUGACAAAUCAAUCGAUCUUUUCUUUGAGAAUCAAGUGUCAUGAUGUUGUUUUGAACUUUUUUUCUCUCUUUCAGUUUGUUUCCUAAUAUGUACCAGUGUGUGUGUGUGUGUGGUCUGUUAAGUCUGUUUGUUUUGUUUUCCAUAUUUCAGACAUGAAUACUAAAAGCAUCUAACCAGGCGAUCAAAUAAGUUUCAUCUGAAGUUGCAACAUUAAACUUCAGCUCUUUGAGUUUGAACUGUGUUGUAACGUAGGUCACUGUUGAUGGUGCAAAACUGUCACGUUGGUGUCAAGAUUCUUUUUAAGAACACACUAGCAACAUGGAUAGUUAGACUGAACCGGCUAACCCUGUAUGAGACAGAAUCCAUUUCUGUAAUAGUAGCUUCAGUAACAUAUUGAUUAUUUCUGGCUCAUAGAGGGUUAAGUAGAUCAGGAGCCAUGUUCCUGUGGAAGUGCAGUCAUUACAAACCAACUGAUGCCAGUAAAAUGAACCAUCUUUGUUUUUCCCUUCAGCGGUGAAACGUCACUGGUUCGUUGGUUUAAGGGAAACUUAUUUACUGUUCCCUUUUCUGUGAAACGUCAGAAUUUGUCUGUAUGAGCUUUUUUAAAACAUUGAUGCAGGCCCAAAAGAUCAGAGCACAAAACAUCAUUUUAUGAAUUAUUCCAUCAAAUCACAGAACAAAAAAGCCAAAUGAGAUCUUUCUCUUGUUUAUAUUUUGGAGUAAGACGACCAGAUUGAUUGGCCAUUGUUCUUUUUUUGCCUCUGUUCAUCACCGUGCUCUGGAUAUGAUGACUUAGUGUGAGGUGGUGUUGGGACGGUGGCUGCAGCAACUUGUGCAGCAAACUGACAGUGAACUCUUUGUAGAGCUGAAACUGUAGGAAUUAUUGCAACACAACUUUACAGUGGGAGGAGAGGAACAUUAGAAAAACAUUCCUCACUUUUUUAAGAAUUCUCUCUUUUGCUGUGACAGUCCCUCGUUGUAUGUGUGUGUGUGUGUAGUCCUCACAUACUGUAACUAGCAGGCUGUUUUUAGGGAUGUAGCACACCCCAGUGGUGAGCAGUAGCUGUUUCUGUAGGAUGUCUUGUCCUGUCUCUGUAACACUCGCUGGUCUUUUCUACUUCCUACCACUUUGUAAGUCAAUGUGAACUGUCAAAUCUUUUUAACAUUGAAGGUUGCAAUCUUUACCAAAAGAACUUCUAGAUUUUUAAAAGGAACAUUUUUAAAAAGAACAUGGAGAAAUAGAGAACCUAAUUUUCUGAAAAUGCUUUAAAAGCUUUUUUUUACAAAGCCAUAAGCUGUUUGUCAGGCAGGUGUAAGGGGCAGUACUACUUCAACACUAAAAUAUUCUUGUUUACAAGAAGGAGCAAUAAAAGUGGAACAGCAGAGAGGCCACACUGCAGCACUCCGGUGAAAGUUGGUCAUUCCUAAUCUUUGGUCAGAAGUCGUGUACAUGCUGCAACUGGCUGCGGUACUUUGUUUCCAACAUACAACGUCUGGGUUUAUUGAGCUCAGGGGUAUUGUGGGGAAAUAUUAGUUUGGUUUAUAAAACUGCUCCAUCUCUUUCAAAGUGUUGUCCAUCGAUCAUGACCUUCAGUGUGUAGAUCUGAUACUGUUCUGUAGACGAUGACCAUGGUGAUUAAAUUAUUAUGUACUGACAAUGAUGGGCUGUUAAUGGAGAUUUGAAGUAUUACGGUUUUCUGUAAAUGAUCUGCUAUGCGAGCUGAAAUAAAAGGUUUGGGACAACACAA